AUGCCGUCGAAGCCGACCGCCGCCUCGCGCCUCGUCCUCCUCGCGUUCCUCCUCGGCAUGAGCGCCGCCGCGGGCCACGAUGACGCGGCGGCGCGGCGGACGAUGGAGCAGUUCGCCGGCUUCCCGGCCUCCGACGACGGCGACGGCGGCCCUUCCAGCGACUUCCGCGUCGACUCCGAGGGCCUCCAGCGGCAGAUUGCUGAACUGGCCUCGUUCUCCGACUCUCCCGCGCCGUCCGUGACCCGCGUUCUGUACACCGACAAGGAUGUGCAGGCUCGAAGGUAUAUAAAAGGGAUAAUGAAUCAACUUGGCCUUGCUGUUCGGGAAGAUGCUGUUGGUAACAUAUUUGGCCGCUGGGAGGGUUCUGAGCCUGGACUAGGGGCUGUUGCAACUGGAUCUCAUGUUGAUGCCAUUCCAUUCUCAGGCAAAUUUGACGGUGUUGUUGGAGUUCUGGGUGCUCUUGAGGCGAUUAGUUUGCUGAAAAGGUCUGCUUUCCUGCCAAAAAGGUCUUUGGAGGUUAUCAUGUUUACAUCAGAGGAGCCUACACGAUUUGGAAUUAGCUGUUUGGGAAGCCGCUUAAUGGCAGGGAUUGAAGAACUAGCUCAAUCCCUCAGAAAAGUAGUUGACAAUCAGAAUGUGUCAUUUUUGGAUGCUGCAGAAUCUGCUGGCUAUAAGUUGCAUCUAGAGGACCUGCCUAGUGUAUUUCUAAAGAAAGACACGUACUCUGCUUUUAUAGAACUGCACAUUGAGCAGGGUCCCAUCUUAGAAAAGGAAGGUAUCCCUAUUGGCAUUGUUACUGCUAUUGCUGCUCCUGCAAGUCUUGAGGUGGACUUUGAAGGGAAUGGGGGUCAUGCUGGAGCAGUGCUUAUGCCUGCAAGAAACGAUGCUGGACUGGCAGCAGCUGAAUUAGCAUUAGCAGUCGAGAAACACGUCCUGGAAUCAGGAUCAAUUGAUACUGUUGGCACCGUUGGUAUUCUGCAGUUACAUCCAGGAGCAAUCGGUACCAUCCCAAGCAAAUCACACCUAGUAAUUGAUGUAAGAGAUAUUGAUGAGAAGAGAAGGAAUGAUGUCAUUGAGAAGAUUCGCCGGUCUGCAACACAGAUUUCAAAGAGCCGUGGAGUAGAGCUUUCAGAAUUUAAGAUAGUCAACCAGGACCCACCGACUCUAUCUGACAAAUCAGUCGUUGACGCAAUGGAAUUUGCUGCAAAACAGUUGAACCUGGAGUACAAAAACAUGAUUAGCAGAGCCUAUCACGAUUCACUCUUCAUGGCCAGAGUAUCACCAAUGGGUAUGAUCUUCAUUCCCUGUUACAAAGGUUACAGCCACAAGCCGGAGGAGUAUGCAUCACCGGAGGACAUGGCGAAUGGGGUGAAGGUUCUAGCCUUGUCAAUGGCUAAGCUGUCGCUGGAGUGA